GGACCCGCUGUGUCCCACCCGCUCGCUCCCGCCGUGCUGGGAGGGAGAUGGAGGCGUAGUAGCGGCCGGUGCGCAUGCGCCCCUUCUGCCCUGAGGUGCCUGCUCGCACUUCCGGUUUGGGAGCUGGCCUGGGAGGCUGGCCAUUUGGGGCUGGAGCCGGAGCUGAGUGGGUGAAGCUGGCCCGGGGGCAGGAGUGCGAGGGGGCUGAGGGAGACGCUCCCAGGGCUGUGUCGGAGAGUGUUCUCAGGGCGCCGUAGCCCGGCCGGAGGCCCGUGUUAGGCAGCGCACGGGGCUCCGAGAGUGACCCGGCCGGAGGGAGCGAAGACAAAGAGGCCGGAACCCCGUACCCGCCGCUCCUGGAGCCGAGUUCCGCGCCGGCAAGCCCCGCAGCCCUCGGAGCCUCUGGCCGGCACCCUGGCUCGUCCUCAGGAGACCCAUCCCGACCGUUCCCUGGACUCCCUCUCUACCAACUCAGUGUGACUCUCCCCAAGCCCACCCGGCCCUCGCUUCAGGAGUCGGAGCUGCCUUCUCCCGAUGCGCUCGGUUUCCCUUCAGUGGCUCUCGAGUCCUUGCCGAACGGUUCCUCUGCGGAGGGGGAGAAACAAAGACUCGACAUUUAGAAGAAACUCCUCUUACAGAGAGACUGCAGGUGAUUCUCCAAGGAAUGGGAAGAUAGGUGUAAGCCCUGGAGCCCAGACCCUUAAGUGGAGGGAAGUUGCUUUCUGCUGUGAAUGAUGGCCAGACCCACUCUGAGAGGGGAUGGCACUAACUCUGAGACCUUCCGACAACGCUUCAGGAGAUUCCAUUACCAGGAGGUGGCAGGGCCCCGGCAGGCUUUCAGCCAACUCUGGGAACUUUGCUGUCGGUGGCUAAGGCCGGAAGCACGCACCAAGGAGCAGAUUGUAGAGUUGUUGGUGCUAGAGCAGUUCCUGGCGGUCUUACCUGGGGAGAUCCAGAACUGGGUACAGGAACAUUGUCCAGACAGUGGAGAGGAGGCGGUGGCUCUGGUGGAAGAUUUAGAAAGACAGCUUGGAAGACCUGGACGUUCGGUCACAGUCUCUGUGAAGGGGCAGGAAGUGCGCUCGGAGAAGAUGACACCCCUGAAAUCAUCACAGGAGUUAUUAAGUGUUCGGCAGGAGUCAGUGGAACCCCAGCCCAGGGGUGUACCCAAGAAAGAGAGGGCAAGAAGCCCAGACCUGGGACUACAGGAGCAGAUGAACCCAAAGGAGAAGCUCAGACCUUUUCAAAGGAGCGGAUUUCCAUUUCCUAAAUCUGGUGUGGUCUCCAGGCCGGAGCAAGGAGAGCCAUGGAUCCCAGAUCUGCUGGGCUCCAAGGAGAGGGAACUCCCAGGAGGCAGUCACACUGGAGACAGACGAAUGCCUGCCGAUCUGUUACCAUCCAGGAGAGAGAGAAGAACCUGGGUAGAACAGGAUCACUGGGGCUUUGAGGAUGAGAAGGUAGUGGGUGUGCACUGGGGCUAUGAAGAGACCAGAACUCUCCUUGCAAUUCUCAGUCAGACGGAGUUUUAUGAGGCUCUCCGAAAUUGUCAUAGAAAUAGCCAAGUGUAUGGGGCAGUGGCUAAGCGGCUCCGAGAAUAUGGCUUCCUCCGGACCUUGGAACAGUGUCGAACCAAGUUCAAAGGUCUCCAGAAGAGCUAUCGGAAAGUCAAAAGUGGCCAUCCACCUGAGACCUGCCCCUUCUUUGAAGAGAUGGAAGCCCUGAUGAGCGCACAGGUCAUCGCGCUGCCCAGUAAUUGCCUGGAAGAGGCAGCCUCUCACUCUGGUCUGGUGGGCAGUGAUGCUGAGACUGAGAACCCAGGGCAAGAGGGCUGGCAGCCUGAUGGGGGAGCAGAAGAGGCCAUGGCUGAGGGAUCUGACAGUGAUGAGAUGGGCCCAGAGGCUACCCCCCAGGACUCCGACAGCUCAUCUGCACCAGUCCUGUUCUGCAGCCCAAGUGGUGUACACUGGGGCUAUGAGGAGACCAAGACGUACCUUGCGAUUCUUAGUGAGACUCAGUUUUAUGAAGCCCUCCGGAACUGUCACCGCAACAGUCAGCUGUAUGGAGCAGUGGCUGAGCGGCUAUGGGAAUACGGCUUUCUCAGGACACCUGAGCAGUGUCGGACCAAGUUUAAAAGUCUACAAACCAGCUAUCGCAAAGUCAAGAACGGCCAGGCACCCGAGACCUGUCCCUUCUUUGAAGAGAUGGAUGCCUUGGUGAGUGCACGGGUUGCUGUCCUCCCCAGCGGUGGCCUGGAGGAGGAGACACCUUGCCCGAUCCAAGAGACCAGUGAGGCCGAGGCUGAGAAGCAAGCUGAGGAUGCAGAAGGGGCCAUAGAAGAAGAUUCUGAUGGUGAUGAAGACGAUAUGGAGGUACCCCCGGGGGCUGUCCUGACCCGUGCUCCGGUCUUAUUCCAGAGCCCCAGUGGUUUCGAGGCUGGAUUUGAGAAUGAAAAGAAUCCAAAUCGGGAUAUUUCUGAGGAAGUACAACUGCAUAGGACGUUGCUUGCAAGAUCUGAAAGGAAAAUUUCUCGCCAUCGUAAUCAGGGUAAAGGCAGUGAGAGUGAAUGUAGAUCAGGCAGACAGUGGGAAAAGACCCCAGGGGAGAGAAGAGGAAAACUGAUACUCCCAGAGAGGAGCUCAGGGAAAGUCCUAAAUCAUCAGAAACCUUAUUUGGGAGAGAAACCCUGUAAGUAUCUCACAUAUGGCAGAAGCGUUGGUCCAAAUUCCCACCUCAUGCAUCAGAUAUCCCAGCAGAUGGAAAAUCCAUAUAAGUGUGCCGAUUGUGGGAAAAGCUUCAGUCGUAGUGCUCGCCUCAUUAGACACCGGAGAAUCCACACUGGAGAGAAACCUUAUAAAUGCCUUGACUGUGGGAAAAGUUUCCGUGACAGUUCAAAUUUCAUCACCCAUAGGAGAAUUCACACAGGAGAGAAACCUUAUCAAUGUGGUGAGUGUGGAAAACGCUUCAAUCAGAGCUCAAGCCUUAUAAUUCACCAGAGAACCCACACAGGAGAAAAGCCCUAUCAAUGUGAAGAGUGUGGAAAAAGCUUCAACAACAGCUCUCAUUUUAGCGCACAUCGGAGGAUACACACAGGGGAGAGACCCCAUGUGUGUCCUGACUGUGGGAAGAGUUUUGGUAAGAGUUCUGACUUACGUGCACAUCAUAGAACCCACACAGGAGAGAAACCCUAUGGGUGUCAUGCCUGUGGCAAGUGCUUCAGUAAAAGCUCUGCCCUUAAUAAGCACCGAGAAAUCCAUACACGAGAGACGCUUCUGUCACAGUCAGCACCUAAGUAAGCCCCCGAGGAUCUAGAAAGAGCCUCAAUAAAAGUAUUGUUUGGAAAGUCUUCCAAUAGUGAGAUCCAUCUCCUAGUUUAGGAAGUACUCUUUAGGAUCUGUCCCACUGUCCUUACGUUCCUCUUGGAUCUAAAGCCAAAUUUCCGACACAGUCGUCUUAAAGAAUGGAAGGGGAAUUUCAGUCCCUCUCUGCCUGCAUCAGAAUCGACAGGUAACACCUUUUCCCUCUCAGUGCCUACACCAUUCCCUUAAUAAAGCAGAAAGGAUGUAGCAGCGGAUCCCAUGAGUGUGAUAUGCACCCUUCCUUACCCUGUUACUCAGCUGCAUUUCUGACUGGAAAAGCCCAUCACAGAAGCAUCUCAGGGAGAAACUGUGAGACCUUUUUCUUUAAGUGAGUUUAGUUCUUUAAACAAUAAUGGAAGCACUAAAAAAAAAAAAAAAAGGAAAAAAACUUCCUGUACCUUUAACUCAGAAUGACGUUAUUUGCCACACAUUCUUUUCAUUUAUCUUAAAGGACAGUUUAAUGUCCAUCUUGGUUCUGCCCUAUGAAUCAUCUUGUCAAGAACCUAGGUGUUCUGUGUGGCGAAAUAACAUAAACCUUAACCUUGUAGAAAUAUUGAGGCAGGAACCCUGAUUUCUUAGUUUUUUCAAAGUCAUAGAAGGUUUGGGAUAGAAUAGCACUACAUUUACAGCAUCUAGUUUGAUUUUCUUUCUGUCCCAUUGCAUCUGAAUUUCAUCUGUCCCUUGUGGUCCAGGAGCCCAAAGAGCAAGUUAGCUGGGUGUGGUGACAGAGAAAGCAGUUACAGUUGCCAGCAGGCAAUCUCCCACCCCCCACAUAGUCCAGACACCUAGUACAGCGCCACACACCCUGUGGGCAUGCAGUACUGAUGUGCAGUGAAGCCACUGCCGCAUCUCUGUGUACCGGGAAAGUGACCAAUUAGGACCACCCCUAACGGCAGGGAAGGCGGGUCUGUCUGAUCUGUGGAGGUGCCAGUCUGUGGCUGACACACAUUUGAUUAGACAUAUCUGCUGUUAAAAUACAAGUGUAAUUACUGCUCUUAAUAAUCAAAUAGUAUUAGUUGCCUGUAUGUUGAUAGUAAGUAGUAUGAUGAGCCCCGUACAGCACAAGUUAAACAGACCCUGUCCUUGUCCUUACAAUCUACAACAGAUGCACCGACAUGGGCAAAUAAUAAAUCACUGCACGUGUACAGUUCCAGCAGUUUGAGAGAAACCUAGAAAGUUAGGGAGUGACACUAGAUGUAAAUGUUAGGGUCCGGUGCGUUUGAGUUUGCUGUUAGAAAAAUCUGGGAGGUAUUCUCUUUAUUCAGGAAGACUUCAUGAAUCAGAAGGAGGGAAAUUUCCUGGGUAAAUUAGGGUGGGAUGAAUUUUCCAAAACUAGUUACACAAUUGAAUGCCGAGUGGGUGAGGAACGGGCAACUGGGGAGCCAAGUGUUUUUUGUAGAUGGAGCAGACGGCAAAGGACAGGCCGUGGGAAGGUUAGAUAAAGCUGGGGGCAGCACAAACUGUAGUACCAUGUGGGCUGUGCAGCAGGCAGGUAGAAUCACCUCAGCUGAAAUAUGGGGUGCCAGGGGCAGACCAGGAGGUGCUACACCUUCAUGACAAGGGCCUCUGCUGUAUUGAUUGCUAAGGAAACAGCUGGCCACCUCUGGGGAGGAAGAAUGAGCAGUUUUAGGGGACUGCCUCUGACGGGCAGGUCACAGAGGGAGAUGAACCUGGCCAGAUGGCCAAGGCCUAUUUCACAUUUCAAUAAAGUUAGAAUCCGGUGGCUGGAAUGAGAUCUGGGAGGGGAGUCGGGGGAGAGAGAUUCUAUAAUUAAUACCUGACUGUGUUAGAUGACAGAUCAGUUAGGGUUCUAGUGCUAGAGGGAUCCUAGUACAAGACAUCUAACACUAGGGGAGAUGGUCUCAGUAAUGUUGCUUUGGCAUACAGGGAGGUACAAGUGACACCAGUCUAAAGCAAUGCCUCAGAAUCUGGGAUGGUUUAGGAAGUAUGCUGUCCAAAAACAAAGAUCAUCUUUUGUCUGUCUGUGUAAAGUCUUGUGGAAAAGCACUGGAUGAGGUACCAGCAGAUGGGAAUUGUUCCAGGCAUCUUGCGUGUAAAUCAACUUGCCUCAGUUUCCCUUUCUGUAAAGCAGAAUAUUGUUUACACCUUAUUUUGCCUCUCAGGGAUACCAUGUUAAUAAAAACUAUGUCUAUAAAGCGCCUAGCAUUCCUUCAAAUGUUUUUUAUAUGUGCAUGCAAAUUAUGAUGAUUGUUGAUGGUAGGAAAAGAUAAAUGUUUACCAGCUUCUUUUGGCUCCUAUGUGGGGUAACUAGAAAUAUCAAUCUUUAUGUUCUAGGCAAAGGAAGAACCCAUAAAAACAAACCUGUUGCCAUCGACUCGAUUCCAAGUCACAGUGACCCUAUAGGACAGAGUAGAAGCGUCCCAUAGUUUCCAAGGCGCAUCAGGUGGAUUCAAACUGCCGACCUUUUGGUUCGCAGCUGUAGCACUUAACCACUAAGCCACCAGGGUUUCCAAAGGAAGGAUGGCACAAGAAAAAUUAGAAUGAAAAUCCUUGAUACCUGUGUCCGUAUCCACAAUCCAGUACGACCUGUGAUAACUGGGAUGGAGAUUGAGCCUUAUUUAAAAUAACCAAGGACCAGCCUCCAACCUCCAGAUAAAGAGAAUGUGCAAAAAGAAUAAGGUGAAGGUAAAUCUCUUAUCAAGGGAAGAGCAGUUUAUCUCAAACUAACUCAAAAACCUUUUUCUGCUGCCCAAUCUGCUUUUCCUGAGGAUGGCGGAAGCAAGAAAUAAUAGUCUUCAAGCAUUCUUUCUGAGAAAGAGAACCAAGUCCACUAUGCUUAAAGUUGUUGUGUGCUGUCAAAUCCGUAUGGCUCACAGUGACCCUGGAGGAGAGAGUAGAACUGCCCCAGAGGGUUUCUUAGGCUGUAAUCUUUAUGGGAGAGGACUGCCAGGUCUUUUCUUUAGGCGGCAGCUAGUGAGUUCGAACUGCUGACCUGGUUAGCAGCCAAGCACUUAACUGCUUCACCACCAGGGCUCCUUAUGCUUGAAGUAACAGUUGUCAAAUAUAGACAAUAAUAACCAGAUAUAAAAGUACAUAUCACUAAAACACUGAUAGGCUGUUGAACUACCUAGAUUUUACAGGCAAAACUCUAUUGUGAUUCUUGAGGAUUCCUGGAUUACCUGCUGAGAGGAGAAAGAUGGAAAAUAUUCCAUGAGAUAAUUUUUAAGUUUCUCGUUUUAGUUCUGGGUUGUGACCAACAGCAAUAAACGUACCAUAUUUUUAAAGGAUGAAAUGAGCCCUCAAUUUUAAUUCCCCUACCUAAUACACAAUGAUAUGGACAAAAAAUUGGCAGCAUGAAGUAUAAGGUCUAAAAAAACUCAAAUUGAGUGACAUUUGAGCUGACUACAAAGAGCUUAAGUCCUCCCUUCACUACUGCACCCGCCAUGGAGCUCCUUCAAAAACAAUUUGGAAAUCAGGUUGAAGGCUGGAAACGGAAAGCAAAAGUACCUUAGCGCUAUGGUAGUUCCACUAUGUUAAAGAGAGUGAGAGAAGAAAAAGGGUAAGGUAGAAACCUUAUUUUUAAAAAUACCUCGAUUCCUAGUGGGGAAUGUGUAUCCUUCCAGCCCCCACUCCCACUUGAGGCUAGCCUGAUUUUUAUAUUGUGAGAGAACUUAAUGAUAAAGCCAGCAAAUUAAAAUCCCUCAUCCCACUAGCUCUGGAUACAUAUUAAAUAAAAACCAACUAUAAAAUUAUAUAUAACCACUUUUUUUUUUUUUUACUGAGUAUAUUAUCAAGACCACUUUUGUGUCAUUACAUUUUAUUCUACAGCAUUUUUAGUGGUGGUGGAAUGGCCACAUUUUAUGAAUAGACUAUAUAUUUCUUAACCAUCCCUUAAUUUUGGAUAUGUAGACUCUGCAAUUUUACACUGUAUAGUACUAUGAUGAAUAUUAUAAUGAUGUCUUUGAGUAUAUUCAUGAUUUUUUUAAGAAAAAAUAAUUUUAUUUCAUAUAUAGAUUAAGGGAUAAAAAGAUAAAAGUUUAUUUUAUAAGUCUAUAACUCAAAGAGGCUUUGGAAACCCUCCUAGGUUUUCAACCUUAGUCUUGAAGUUUUCUGGCCCUAAAGGAACCAAAACUGACCUUUAUUUCAAGAUUCCAGAGUCUAGGGAUAUGUGAUUUCUGUAUGGGUGGGUGAGGGUAGAGGGAAGGAUAUAAUGCUGUGCAAGGACACAACCAUCUUAAGUGAGAACUUCAAAAGCCUGAAGGGCUUCUCUCUAUCCUCCCUAAGAAACAGACAGAUAGAAGGAAUACUGAUCAGAAAGUCUUAGUAGUUGAGAACAGAAGUGCCAUCACCUCCUCUUCCUCUGAUCCCAAGAAAAAAUAUGCAUUCUAAGAAACAAAUAAUUCAAGCAUACAUUGAUAUCUAAUAAACUUUUUGUUACCAUUUAGAAUUGAUCUAAGAUUGUCCCUCACCAACGACUGAAGUGGCUCUGGUCUGUGAGCUUACGUAAGCCUGCGCCAACAGUCCACGUAUAGCGGCAGGGUUACAGAGUCCCUCAGUUAACAAUGCUGUCACUACUGGAGGACCUUUUGUGAUCAGGAGAAAGUGUGCACUGGGAUAGAAAUCCUGGCAGCUUCCACAGAGGAAAAACUAAAGGGACAGAGUUGUUUUAAUGGAAUCUGCAGCAGUUUCUGUCUUUCCCGCCCCUUGGCCAGCUAGUCUCUCUCUUUAUUCCUAAACUGGAGCAAUGACUUCAAUCCCUUUCAAGUCUUGACGGGACACUCACAAGAAGGUUAAAGCCUGACCUCAGCAGCUGGCUCUGUCUGUCAUGGGAGUUCCUGAGGUGUGACCGUGGCUGCUGGGAUUCACGGAAACGCGCGGUGAGCUUGGGAACCCGAGGUUGCCAGUCCUGAGGGGUACUCACCCAGAGACAGCAAGGGAAGGGAGUCUGACUCACGGAAGCACAACGCAGAGCUGCUGUCACAGGCUAGAGGCUUCAAAGUCCUGGCAGCAAUGCUUUCCCUCUUUCAUCACGUUAUUUAGACCAAAACCAAAAAAAAGCAACCAAACCCACUGCUGCCGAGUCGAUUCCGACUCAUAGCAACCCUAUAGGACAGAGUAGAACUGCCCCACAGUGUUUUCCAAAGAGCGGCUGGUGGAUUCAAACUGUCCAUCUUUUGGCUAGCACCUGAGCUCUUAGCUGCUGUGCCACCAGGGCUCCUAUUUAGACUAGUGAUUGUAAAAUUUGUCCUGAGAAACUACUUUGAUUUACCUGAAGUUUUAUGAUCAUUAAUGGGGAAAAACUGCUAAAAAAAAAAAUUUACAAGUGGAACGGGAGUUUAGUUAGCAGCAAGUC